AUGUCUAAUGCGACGAGCUACAAGCAGCAAAAGGAGGACUUCGUGUCCAACCUUUCCGGCGGCUCCGUGUCCGAAGUCAACCAUGUCACGGCCGUCGCAGCAGUAGCGGUGCUGCUGUGGUCUGUUCUGCAGUCGCGGCAGUCCUUCUUCAAGCCGUACUCUCCGAUAGGCUUCGUCGUCGACUUCGGCCUCAAUGUCGGCGCCUUCCUCCUGGCCACGACGCUCUACUCGAGCACGCCGAUACUCCUCAACAUUCUCCUCGUUGCCCCGAUCGCACUGAUAUACAUGCUGCCGCUGAACACGGGAGCGCGGAGGAAGAAGCCCAAGGUUCCGCCGGCGGCCGAGUCCAGGGGCGGCCCCAAGCAACUCUCGCCUCUCCCGAUGAAGCCCUUCCUCACGACGUAUCGUGGCUGCAUGAUGGUCGCGACUUGCGUGGCCAUCUUGGCAGUGGACUUUCGCCUCUUCCCGCGGCGGUUCGCCAAGGUCGAGACGUGGGGCACGUCGCUCAUGGACAUGGGGGUCGGGUCGUUUGUCUUUGCGAGCGGCGUCGUCGCAGCGCGUCCCGUGCUGAGCGAGCGGCUAUCUGGCCGUGCGACACCGCUUCACCGACGACUUCUAUACUCUGCCCGCCACUCGGUGCCUCUGCUAGUCCUGGGAGUGAUCAGGCUGCUGAGCGUGAAAGGGCUCGACUACGCAGAGCACGUUACGGAGUACGGCGUGCACUGGAACUUCUUUUUCACGCUCGGGUUCCUGCCACCCUUUGUGGCGGCUUGUCAGGCGGCGCUUAGGAUCGUCCCCUCAUACGCUGUCCUGUCUUUGUUGGUGGGCGGUAUCUAUCAGGCGCUCCUCGAGAGCACCGAUCUCAAGGCGUAUAUCCUCACUGGCCCACGGACAGACCUGAUAUCUAUGAACAGGGAAGGCAUCUUCAGCUUCCUGGGGUACCUGGCCAUCUUCCUCGCCGGGCAGGACUUGGGCAUGUUCAUCAUCCCCCGGAACAUCAACCCCAGGAGCAAUGCAAGCGCGGGUAUGCAGCGCAACACUCUCCUCAUGACCAUGGCUGUGUGGGCAGGCAUCUGGACGACGCUGUACUGGCUGUCCACGAGCUACUCAUACGGGUUUGGUCUCAGCGUGUCCCGCCGCCUAGCCAACCUGCCAUACGUGCUAUGGGUGGCUGCGUUCAACUCUGUGCAGAUACUGGCGUUUUGCUGCAUCGACACGGUCUUCUUCCCUGCAGUCUACAACGCAGCGGACACCAAGACGGAGAAGGAGGCCUAUGAAACGGCAACGAGCCGCGUGCUCCGUGCCUUUAACCGCAACGGCCUCGCAGUUUUCCUGCUGGCCAACUUGCUGACUGGCUUGGUAAACAUGACGUUUCGCACACUUGAGGCGACGCCCAUCAUGACGAUGGCAAUCUUGCUCGCAUACACGGCGACGGUCACGGGCGUCGCCGUCGCGCUGGAUGCGUACAACAUCUCGAUCAAGCUGUAG